AUCUAUUUCCAUCUGAAACUAGGGAUCCCGGUAGAUUUCCUAAUUAGGAAAUUGGCCGUGAAUGCAACAAUGACUGCCUGAGGAUGAGGCCCCGGCAAUGGUCAACGCUUAUAGGCUGCCUUGUCUGUGCGGUGGCAUACCUGCAUUGCAUAGACGGCAUAGAUACAUGCAUGCAUACAACCUGCAUGGGGGCUGAAGGAACCAGCUCCCCGACUUACACGCUACCAACCGACCUUCAGGCGGCCAGCUUUUCAGCCUACCAAAUAUAGAAGCAGACAAAAGCUGUAUACCUUGGCAGAAACCUUCCGAGGCAGGCUGUCGUCCUAGGCUCGUCUAUGCCCUUCUGGAUUCAUGUUGCGAAAUACUACUCUGAACUAUGGGAAUUAGCUAGCUGGACCGGCUAAGACGGCAGACCACCAAUCUUGGCAAAACUUCAUGCAGACGACAAGGCAGUGGAUGCAAACGACAAGGCAAUGGAUGCAGACGACAAGGCAGUUGACCAAGAAAGAAGAUGCAAACUAUAGACCCGGAACGUGAACGUGAAUAAGCAACACAAGCUAGCUUCGGCGAGUUCUGUCGAUCCCAUACCCCGGCCGCCAUCCCGGCGUCAGUGCAUCCUCCGAUAUACCUGCACCUUUAUAAAAGACCAUCCUCCUUCCCACCAUUUACAUCAAUUGCUUCUUCUUCAGACAGACAGACUGAGAACCGCCUCUCACUUGUCCGCCGUCCAAUUUAACAUUCCACUCCCAUUCAUCACUCCUCAUCAUGGUUAGCGCUACCUUCCUCUCCCUCGGAGCCCUCUCCCUCUCUGCCGUCCAUGCUCUUCCUGGCGGCAGUGCACAGCCCAGAGCCCGUCUGGUAUCCCGUGGUGCUUCCACGCCCGGCCGCAUCACCAUGCCUGUUGUGAAGCUUGCUGCCCACGGCAACGGCCAAAACGCCGCCAAAGACGGAUGGACCAGCCGCGUCGAUGUCGGCGCACAGUGGUUCAUCCCCGCCUGGAUCGGCACACCCGGCAAGCAAUUCUACUUCCUCGGUGACAGCGGCGCCCCCAACUUGUCCAUUGAGUCUACGCUCGAGCCCAAGGACCACCAGGGCGACAUCCCCCUCUACGACCCGUCCCAGUCCAGCACGGCCAAGCAGCUCGAUGGCUACACAUACUCGGAAUGCUUCGGCAGCGGCUACUGUGACAAUGGUGUCGUCUAUACCGACAUCUUCACCGUCGGCCAGAUUGCCCUUGAGGGCAUGCCCAUUAUGGUCCAGACCAACAACACAAGCCCUACCAGCGGCACCAUCCGCUCGGGCAACCUCGGCCUCAACAUUGAUCCCAAUGGCAUGACGACGCAGCCCAACAGACUGCCCACGUACUUUCAGCAAAUCAUGCCCUACCUCGAGUCUCCCCUCUGGACCGUCGACUACCGCACCUCGACCAAGAGCGGCCAAUUCGAGUUUGGCGCCAUCGACUCCAGUCGCUACCACGGCACCAUUGCCUACGGUGCCCUCAGCAGCACCGGUGGCCUCUGGACUACCAUCAUCGACGGCAUUGGCGCCGGUUAUGAUAACAGCGCCUUUAGAGAGCACAAGUUCCAGGUUGCCUGGGACACGGGCUCUGGCGGCGGCCAAAUCAGCCGCGAGAUUGCUGAUCUCUACUGGAGCCAGGUCCCCAACUCAGAGUGGCGCCCCGACUGGGACAACUAUCUCUACAAGUGUGACCAGCCGCUGCCUGACUUUGUCAUCCGCCUCUCGGACGGCAACAAGGUCGGUAUUCCCGGCUCGGCUCUCUUCUAUAAGCGUGCCGAGGGCAAGGAUGAGGGCAAGUGUCUCUCCAUGCUUGCUAUUGGUAGUGACAACGAUACUCUCUGGGGACAGGACUGGAUUGAGAAGUUCUUUGUUAUUUUUGACUGGGGAAACAAGAGAGUUGGUGUUGCUAACAAAGACCAGUAAAGAGGGUUUGCUUCUCGCUGUGAUUCUUUGUAGCCGUCUUUUUUGACCCCCCUUCUUCUUCUCUUUUAUGAUAUAUAUUUCCACAGAGUACAUUUUAUAGCCGCUGUAGCAGCGCAGACUAGCCAGUAGAUGGACAAUAUUAUGAAACCUUGUCCCAUCUAAUUCGUUUUUCUUCUUUUCUUCUCUUGGUGCAGUAGAUGACCAAAUAGACUGUCAUGUACCAACCUUUCACAAUGGAUCAAAUUUGUACCAGGAAUAUAAGGAAGACGGGGGAUAUUCAAAAUUUUCGAGAUUUACAUAGAUUCAUAGUUUCCAAGAAUUACAUAUAUUCAUUGUGGACUUGCGCGUAUGUACAAAAAAAGAGACAAAGACCAACAACCAGAAAAUCAUCACUCAUGACAUACCCUCAUCAACCGAAGCCUAUCCUCCUAGGAACCCCCGAUUCUACGAAGAGGUCAUGUUGGUCUUUAUGGCCACAUUGACCGUCUUGCAUCCUCUGGUCGGGUACUCCGAGGACAGAGGCUGCAGGCCCAACACGCUUGAGAGCCAUCCAAAGGCCGACAACGCACCCGCCUGGCCCUCAUCAGAGUGCGAGCCCUCGCUGUUGCGCGAGUAGUAAAUGUUGGCGCCCAUGUUGCAGUACUUUUCCACCAGGGCGUCGUUGUCAGUAAUAUUGGAGAUUUCGUCGUGGACCGCCUUGUACAUGUACAUGGGCAUAGUGGGUACGCCGUGGUAUCCCAUGAUGCCGUCGUUGUAGAUGAUCUUGUACGUCUCGUUGUUGAGGAAGUCGUCAAAGCCGUCCUUGAAGUACUUGCUGAUGUCCUUGCCCAGAAAGGCGAUGCCCGCCUCGGUCAGCGACAUGUUGUACGCGGACAGGAACGUCGUCUUGUUGUAUGGCCCAUCCGUGUUGAGCUUCUCCACGUACUUUUUCAGGAUAUCGGGGUACUGGCUGCCAAGACCGAGCAUAGACGACACGGCAAGACCAGCCGCCACCUGGCCAUUGAUGUUGUAGAGCACACUCGUGACAUUGGGCGUAAGGCCGCCCAUGGCAUUUCCAGAGAAGUUGAGCUCGGGGGCAUACUGAACCUGCAGUUCGCCGGCCCAUUCGCUCGCCAGAGCACCGCCAGAGUAUCCCCACAUGGCGUACUUUGCGUCCUCGGCGAGCCCAACUUCCUUGGCGAGGUUGAGGACAGCACGGACGGAAUCGAGAGUGGCAUGGCCGGAGAUGACGCCGGCUGUAAAGGAUGCCAGCGGGCCCUCGUAGUCGGGCACAUUGACAAACAUGCCAGCCGCAAGACCGGGAAUAAUGGCCUGGGCACCGACAACUUUGUCAAAGUCGUACAUGGCGUAGCUGGGGCUUGCGUCGACGUCGGCCGUGUCGUAGGGGAUCUGGUAGGAGAGCAGGGUGGCGUUGUUUGCGUUUUUCGGCUUGAAGAGCGUCGUCACGGCAAAAGUAGGCUUGUACUGGCUGUCCAUGGUGCGGUAGAGGAUCUGCCACGCCUUAUCGGUGCCAUUGACGAGCGUGGUCAGGUUACCGGGUGCUUCACGGUAGCGCAGGACUGAACCUGGUGGCGAAGACUCGAAGCCCUUGGGCUCCGUGUACCAUGGAUCCUUGGAGGGUGGGAGAGGGCCGUCUACAGAGGAGCAGCCAGACGAGGACGAGUUGGAGCUGGUUGGCGCAGCUAGGCCACUGCUGGCUGAGAGAGCUGCCAGAGCUAUGGCUCGAAGUGAAGGCAUAUUGGUUU